GAUAAUUAAAUAGCUUCAUAAUUAAAGGAAGCAAAAAAAACUCCACACACUGAGAUCGGAAGAACAUCGGCCCAAACUGCCGCCGUAAACUUCUCUAGUUCGAACCCAAAAGCCCUAACCGUCCGUUUUCCCCUCUACGAUUAUCAACCACCACGGUCUGAGCUUCUCUCCGCCGUCACCAUAUCAUUCUAAGGAUUUGAAUCUCGUAUCUUCGCUAUCUCUUUGUCCCCCUGAUAGAGACGGAGUUCAAAAUUGGGGUCAAAUAUGGAGGGAGGUGUUCGAGAUUUCGCUGUUGUGCCGGAGAAAGUGAUGGAUUCAGUGAAGACGACAUUGGACAAUGUAGAACAAGUCCAAACUCACCUUAUUUCCUUCUUGUCUAUCGCCGAGCCUGACGUCCUUGCUCAAAUGCAGCCUCUCCAACGGGCUCAGUCUAUGCUUUUGCUUGCUAGAGUCACUACCACUCUCUUCGCAUUGAAGUUGAGGUGUAGCGGAGUUCAUCUUGAUGAUCAUCCUAUCAAAUCAGAGCUUGAGAGAUUAAGCUUGUAUCAAGACAAACUAGAACGGUUCAUAGGCUUGAGUAAAGCGCCAUUGAAGCGUUCUACUACCUUGAACUAUCAAGCAGCUACUCGCUUUAUUGAACAUUCUCUGCCUGAUCUAACUCAAGAGCAAAAGCUGAGUAUGAGGGAUAUCAGUAGAGGAAAGGGGCAAAAAAUGAAGCAAUUAGAGAGGAACGUACAGAAGAAGAGGAAGUAUCAGUCUUCUGAAAAACAAUCUGUUCAAACUGCUGCUAAGGAAUUUCUUGAGAAAGCAGCGCGUGAGCUUCUUGGUGAUUGUAAUGGAGGUUUGCAGGGUCCAUUGUGUGGGGAUGCUUUAGAUGAUGAUGCCCUGCAGGAGGAUUGAAUCCUGGAUUUCACUUUGGAGUAUGAAAACCAGACUCUCUUGUGCCCUUAAUUAUCCCAACUCUCGAAGAAUUGGUCCAUUUUGAAGUUGGAUUUGGACGUCUGUUUUUCCCUUUUUUCCCCUUCUCCUAGUUUCUCCUUAGGACAUUAAAUCGUUUUUCCUUCACUCUGUUUAGAAGUCUUUAUAUAUAUGUGUGCAUUUUGGAGUUUCAAUCCCAUCAUAAGUUACUAUUAGGACAUUAAAUCGUUUUUUGUUUUCUUAAUAGUGUGAUCAUAUGAACAAUACAUGAUCUUGAUCAAAGGAGUCUGUGCUUUUUACAUGUAAAGUAGCCUACUUCGGUAGCUGACUUUCUAGUGUUUUUUGGGUCUGUAUAUCAGUCAUCCUCUUGAUACUCGAAUUAGCCCUUUUUGCCAUAAACUAAUAAUAGUAUGUUCAUUUUGAUACCGCUA